AUGAGGACUGACAAUGACCUCAGAGGAGCAGUGUUACAGUGUGAGUCUGCAGGCUGGUAUCCAGAGCCUGAGGUGUUGUGGCUGGACGGUGAGGGAAAGCUCCUCUCUGCUGGACCUACAGAGACAGUCAGAGGUCCUGAUGACCUCUAUACUGUCAGCAGCAGAGUGACUGUGGAGAAGAGACACAGCAACAGCUUCACCUGUAGAGUCCAACAGAGGAACAUCAACCAGACCAGAGAGACACACAUCCAGGUUCCAGAUGAUGUCUUCAAUGCUGUGUGUAGUUCUGCUGCUCCUGUCGCCAUCGGCUUGGCUGUGGUCUCCAUUGUUAUUCUUGCGCUUGUCUGUGUUGUAUGGAAAUGGAGAGAGAAACAAAAUAGCAACAACUUUAUGAGAAAAAAAACAAAAGCAACAACAUCAGCUUUAGGUAACGACACAGAACUUCAGUCGCUUAAUGUGGAAAAAAGAGAAACACUUCCAGUCAUGGCUGAGAGCACGACAGUCAAGGAUUUGGAUCAGGAAAAGCUUGAUGUAAAAUUAAAGGAAGUUGAAGAAGAAUGCAAAGAUAUCAGUCGCCACUUUGUCAUCUGCAGUUAG